GUGUGAAUAAUUGCGCACGUUUCGGCGAGGCUGUCUCGCGCUCGUGGAAGUAAAGAGAGAGGGGAAACAACGUGGAGUGUAAAAACAAAGAAAAAAUCACGAAUUUACGCGCAGAGUGUGGCUGAACUUUUAUAAAUCGGGGGGAUGUUUACAAAGCGGUGGUUCCGGGGAGAUAAUUCGGGUCUCUGACCGUGUGUACAACAGAGCAGAGGAGAAACUACCAUCACUAUAAUAAUUCUCCACAAAGAGACAUUCCCAGUCGGCCAGUUUCUCGUCACUCACACGCUGUUCACGCGCAGACAAGGUAACAAAAAUUCACACGUGCAUCUGUGGUAAUUGGGGAUUUUCUCCGCCCCUGCUGGGCUGCCAUAUCAUCAAAGUUUCUCGGGCAGUCCUCCGCACUAGCCCUAAGCUCCGGCUGGAUGAGAGAAAUCACUGCCCCCAGAGCCAAGAAAACACCGGAGAGAGGCUGGAUUUAAAACCCGCCCUCCAGAGGGAUCUCGUCCCCCCCGACCAAAAAAGAAAAAAAGAAAAAAGAAAAGAAAAGAGAAAAACCUCCCAUUUUCUCUCACUCUAUUUCUCUUUCCCACUUCUGUCUCUCUUUCCCUCUGUCCCUCUCUUCUCCUCUACCUUUAUCCCUCGCCUUUCGCCGUUUCCCCUCCACAAACAUGGAUCUCUCGGCGAGGUGUUUGUUUCUUCUAUCAUGUCUUGGCGUGAUAUUGGCGAUCGAUUUGGACGCGAUUGAUCCAGGCUACUAUGUGGAGCCCACUGCCACAUCAGAGACGAUCGACUACAAGGAUCCCUGCAAAGCUGCUGCCUUUCUGGGAGACAUUGCUCUGGAUGAGGAAGACCUGCGAUCCUUUAAAGUGGACAGAAUAAUAGAUUUGGCAGCGAGAACCGUCCAGGUUGUUAAUCGCACAAAUACAGGCUCAAACAGUCAAAACAGGCAAGGUGCAAGGCGCAGGAAAAGAGCUGCCACAUCCAGACCGGAGCGCAUUUGGCCCGACGGCGUCAUUCCUUAUGUCAUCAGUGGAAACUUUAGUGGCAGCCAGCGGGCUAUAUUCCGCCAAGCCAUGCGGCACUGGGAGAAGCACACCUGUGUGACCUUUAUUGAGAAGACGACUGAGGAAAGCUAUAUUGUCUUCACCUACCGACCAUGUGGGUGUUGCUCCUAUGUGGGUCGCCGCGGAGGGGGCCCCCAGGCCAUAUCCAUAGGGAAAAACUGUGACAAGUUUGGCAUUGUGGUGCACGAAUUAGGUCAUGUUAUUGGGUUCUGGCACGAACACACACGACCCGACCGAGAUGAUCACGUCAGCAUUAUCAGGGACAACAUUCAACCAGGACAGGAAUAUAACUUUUUGAAGAUGGAGCCAGGAGAGGUGGACUCUUUGGGAGAAGUCUAUGACUUUGACAGUAUCAUGCAUUACGCCAGGAAUACAUUCUCCAGAGGCAUCUUCCUGGACACCAUCCUGCCACGCUACGACGUGAACGGCGUGCGACCACCCAUCGGCCAAAGAACCAGACUUAGCAAAGGGGAUAUUGCACAGGCACGCAAACUCUACAAGUGCUCCAGAUGUGGAGACAGUCUGCAGGACAGCAGCGGGAAUUUCUCCUCUCCUGGAUUCCCAAAUGGAUACUCGGCCUACAUGCACUGCAUCUGGAGAAUAUCAGUCACACCGGGGGAAAAGAUCAUUUUGAACUUCACCUCCAUGGAUUUGUACAGGAGUCACUUGUGUUGGUAUGACCAUGUGGAGAUCAGAGAUGGAUACUGGAGGAAGGCACCACUUAAAGGUCGUUUCUGUGGCGAUAAGCUGCCCGAGCCGAUCAUCUCCACUGACAGCCGCCUGUGGAUUGAGUUCCGCAGCAGCAGUAACUGGGUGGGAAAAGGUUUCUCUGCUGUUUAUGAAGCCAUCUGUGGCGGAGAGGUGAAGAAGGACAAUGGCCAGAUCCAGUCUCCCAACUACCCCGAUGACUACAGGCCAAACAAAGUGUGCGUGUGGAAGAUUUCUGUCGCUCAGGGCUUCCACGUAGGCCUUACCUUCCAGUCUUUUGAGAUUGAGAGACACGACAGCUGUGCAUAUGACUAUCUAGAAGUGCGUGAUGGGAUUUCUGAAAACAGCCCUCUGCUGGGCCGCUUCUGCGGCUAUGACAAGCCAGACGACAUAAAAACGAGCUCAAACCAUCUGUGGAUGAAAUUUGUUUCAGAUGGCUCUGUCAACAAGGCCGGCUUUGCUGCAAACUUCUUCAAAGAGAUGGAUGAGUGCUCCAAGCCGGACAACGGUCGCUGUGAGCAACGCUGUGUCAACACACUAGGCAGCUACAAGUGUGCCUGUGACCCAGGCUAUGAGCUGGCUGCUGACAAGCGCAGCUGUGAGGCUGCUUGUGGAGGUUUCAUCACCAAGCUGAACGGUUCGAUAACCAGUCCAGGCUGGCCCCGAGAGUACCCCCCAAACAAGAACUGCAUCUGGCAGCUGGUUGCCCCCACGCAGUACCGUAUCACUCUGCUCUUUGACGUCUUCGAGACUGAGGGCAAUGAUGUGAGAUUUGGGGUUAUGUUAAAUGAACAAUGGGUUUGUAAGUACGACUACGUGGAGGUACGCAGCGGGCUGUCGGCCGACUCGAAGCUACACGGGAAGUUCUGUGGGGCAGAGAAACCAGAAGCCAUCACUUCGCAGUACAACAACAUGCGCAUCGAGUUCAAAUCCGACAACACGGUGUCCAAAAAGGGAUUUAAAGCGCAGUUCUUCUCAGAUAAGGACGAGUGCUCCAAGGAGAACGGUGGCUGUCAGCAUGAGUGCGUCAACACCUUUGGGAGCUACAGCUGUCAGUGUAGGAGUGGUUUUGUGCUGCAUGAGAACAGACACGACUGCAAAGAAGCUGGUUGUGAUCACACUGUGAAUAGUGUGAGCGGCAUUAUUACCAGCCCCAACUGGCCAGAUAAAUACCCCAGCAAAAAGGCAUGCACCUGGGCGCUCACCACCACUCCAGGUCACCGCAUCAAAAUCGCCUUCAAUGAGAUCGACAUGGAGGCCCACCUGGAGUGUGCCUAUGACCACAUUGACAUUUACGACGGGCGCGAUGGAAAAGCGCAGAAACUGGGUCGUUUCUGUGGGACUAAGAAGCCUCCGCCCAUCACAUCCAGCGGCAACAAGUUGUUCAUUCGCUUCUUCUCUGAUAAUUCUGUGCAGAAAAAAGGCUUUGAGGCUUCCCAUACUGCGGAGUGUGGAGGUCAACUAAAGGCGGAAGUCAAAACCAAGGACCUGUUUUCCCAUGCCCAGUUUGGAGACAAUAACUACCCCGGAGCCUCUGACUGCGAGUGGGUGAUUUCGGCGGAGAAAGGCUACGGCGUGGAGCUCAUCUUCCAGACUUUUGAGAUCGAAGAAGAGGCGGACUGUGGCUAUGAUUACAUGGAGCUCUUCGAUGGCCCUGACACAAAGUCUCCACGGCUGGGACGUUACUGUGGCUCAGGGCCUCCAGAGGAGAUCUACUCGGCCGGUGACUCCAUUGUGAUCAAGUUCCACUCCGACGACACAAUCAACAAAAAAGGAUUUCACGUCCGCUACACCAGCACCAAGUUCCAGGACACACUGCACUCACGCAAGUGACCAGCGGAGGCCAGAAGGGGCCGUGCAGGGCAAAGGGGCAAACGGAGGGGCCCCCAAGGGAGGCGCCAGCCAGACGCUCGGAUCCCUUCGGCCAACAAAAUGAAUCAGACACGACAGAACAGCCGCAAGACCACCAACCGCACCUCAGCUCCUAGGGGCUCUAGCUCCCCCCACAGACUGUGAGGAGUAAAAGCCAUUCUGCAGUACACCUUUUUUUUACCUUUCUAUGGUUAGGAUUGGGGUGGGAGGGUGGAUGUCUGCUUUAGGUGGACAGUAGGGGAAAAUGUAUUGACCCAAUACCCCCAGAUAUGUUUUUUGUUUGUUUGUUUUUUUUUUAAUUGUUUUUCUUCUUCUUUUAAAAAAAAAAAACAUGCCGAGAAAGGCACAAAGGAAAACAGUGGAUUCUCAGGACCUGUAGGAAGGCGGGCAUCAGCUGGACAGAUCCCUGCUUUUGUCAGGCCAGCCUGCCACAUGCAAGGGGAGGAGAAGAAGAGGAGGAGGCAUAUGGGGAACAUCUCCUGCACUCCUCAGUAAAGGCUCUCUUCUCCUCACUCUCCUCUCAUCCCUUUGAUUCAAGGAUUCCUAUCCAUAAGAGGAUUAAAAGGACUUGACUUGAGAUAUCGAUACUGUAUGUCAGUCAAGUGCAUGUAAUUCCAAGGCAAGGAGGAAAACGGUACCGUGACAACACCAGCAUUUGUAAUUGGCUUUGUCCUGACAACCAGCGGCAAGAUUCUCGUUGUUACCAUUAACAAGCAAAUGUAGGAAUCUGUUAUCUUAUCAAAGGACUAAUAAAUGAAAUGUGGUCCAUAUCUUCUGGUUGGUAAUUGCUUGCCUGAUGAUUGGCUAUUACUGUACCUCCGUGUAUAAAGUAAUGUUUGAUCUUUCAAAGGGAACGUGUGCUUUUCUCAGCUCGAACCAGUUAGCACUUUACAGUGAAUUGUUCCAAAAUCAUGAGCUUAUGGAAUUUUGUGAAAUGCAAUGCCAGUUCACUUGUUUUUAAAUGCAUUUUAUCUCUUAUUCUGUUAUUAUAUAUAUAUAUAUAUAUAUAUAUUUUUUUUUUUUUUUGUAAUUGCUCCAUUUAGUUCCUCAGGCAUACUUGAACAUUGUGUGUGCCCUGUAACAUGGGGUAAUAAAGAUAUGACUUAUGUUUCAGUGUUGAUUUACACGUCUGAUGUAAAAUAAUUUCUCUCCAGAGAAAAUGCCUUUUUCUUGGUACAAUGAAGUAUUUCUCAAGAACCAAA